AUGGAGCAAGCCUUUGUUACUCUUACACAAGGAACCAAAAGUGUACGAGAAUAUGAAGCAGAGUUUAUACGCCUCCAGAAGUAUGUCAACUAUGGAUAUGGUGACGAUGGAGUUAUGGUCAGAAAGUUCUUACAAGGACUUACACCGGAGAUUGGCGGAAGACUACAAGCCGUAACCUACACUCACCUCUACGACUUAAUUGAAAAGGCGGUCAACGUGGAGAGCUUCAUAAAGAGAGAGAAAGCAAUGGCGAAUCGAAGCAGAGACAACCGAAGCCAAGGAUCAGGCUCAAACCCAAGACACGUCUCAACUACAAAGAAGACCUACCCAACCACCCAAGGAGAAAGACCAAGAACGGAGAACAUGAGCAGAGGAGAUGGAGCUUGUUUCGUUUGUGGAAGCAAGGGUCAUUUUGCAAGGACUUGCCCUGAGAAGAGAGAAAAUGGAAUGGCAGUAACUACUCAAUACCAGCCAACAUGCUACUAUUGUGGAGUCAAGGGACAUUUCUCCAACAACUGUCCCGCCAAGACCAAUGUAGCGCCAGGACCAGCGGAUAGACCACCGGCAGCGACCCGAUCAGCGAACGAAGCCCCAAACAAGCGCCGAACCCCUGCAGAGCGUGUUUACGUUAUGGGCGCUGAGAUUGGUGAACACCGAGACCAAUCUGGCGGUCCCAUUACAGGAACAUUACGUGUUGGUGGCAAUCCCACACAUGUCUUGUUCGAUUCAGGAGCAACACAUAGUUUUGUGACUCCUGAGAUUUUCAAGGUUAAUCUACUAGUAGUACCCAUGGUAGGUUAUGAAGUAAUUUUAGGAAUGGAUUGGCUAUCCAUCCAUAUGACUUAUCUAGAUUGUAGGAGAGGAAGAGUUAUCUUGGAAGAGGGCCAUGGUAACUCAACUAUAUAUCAAGGGAUACGUCCAAGCAACGGCGUAUCUUUGGUAUCGGCGAUGAGAGUGAGACAGCACCUGAUAGAGGGGAGUGCCUAUCUUGUUGCUAUAAGUGUGGUUGAAGAGAAGAUUUCAAGCGAGGAGAAGAUCGAGGAGAUACCAGUUGUCAGCGGAUUUGAAGACGUAUUCAAGUCCUUAACGGAGUUACCACCACCACGGAGUAAUCCGUUCACCAUCAAUCUAAUACCCGGAGCAGCGCCAAUUGCAAAGACCCCAUACCGAAUGGCACCGGCAGAACUAGCAGAAUUGAAGGCUCAAUUAGAAGAUCUUCUGGACAAAGGAUUUAAAAGGAGUUAUAGCCAAAAGAGUGAAGGCUGCUCCAGACGGCCAUAUCGAGAAUCAGCGCCGAACGCGCAGUCCGGCUGGCCGAGGAACGAUGUUCCGCGCUCGGCCAAAACCGUAUUCCGUCCGACUGAAGUCUCGGCCAAAGUCCAAACCACCGGCCGAUCACACAACGACCCGGGAAACAUUGUCCCGCGGUCGGCCAAGUUUCAACGUCACGCCACGCCGCGCACGACCAAGCGCGCGAGCCGGGAAACAAAGCCUCGCGGCCGCGCAACCCGUUCGCGUACCACGGCCGAUGCAUCCGUCCGAGCCGGGGAAGAACGUCCCACGUCCGGCCGAGAAACCAUCGGCCAAAUCUCAUCCGCUCGACCAAGCCGGCCGACCGUGAAAUCAUCCGGCCCGACCGUUCCGACUCGGCCAAGACCCGACUGUCCGGCCGACCGUCCCGACCGACCGUCCGAACGCCGCGGUCGACCCGAAGCCGUUUUUGAAGCCCAAUCCGCACAAUUCAAGCCCAAAGCCGGCGCCGACCUAGCUAGAUUAGGUUUAGCCGCUUCUUCAUACUUAGAGCAUUAUAAAUACUUCUUUUUAGCCUUGUAA